GAAGAAUUACCUAAAUCACUAGGCUCUCUUUAUAAUCUACAAACAUUGAUGUUAAGAGAAUGUACAAAAUUGAAAAAGUUGCCAACAGACUUGGGAAGCCUAAUUGACCUACGUCAUCUCGAUACUACAAAUGCACAUUCCUUAAAAGAAAUGCCACUGGGAAUAGGUAAGUUGGCUAGUCUUCAAACACUGUCCAAUUUCAUUGUUACUAAAAGCAAUGGGCAGCAGUUAAGAGAGUUGGGGAACUUAAUUUAUCUUCGGGGGAGGCUUUGCCUAUCUGGGUUACAGAACGUGGUGGUUCCAUUAGAUGCAAGGGAGGCGAAUUUAAUUGAUAAGGAGGGGUUAGAUGUGUUAUCAAUGGAAUGGAGUGUUAACUCAGAUGAUUCACGAGAUGGAAGAGUUGAAACAGAAGUGCUUGACAUGCUACAACCUCACAAAGAUUUAAAAGAGCUCCAUAUCAAAGGCUACCUUGGUAUAGGAUUUCCAAAUUGGAUAGGAGAUCCUCUAUUCUCCAAUAUGGCUGACCUAAGUUUAGAUAAUUGUGGAAAUUGUGUAUCCUUGCCACCACUCGGACAACUACCCUCGCUCAAAAAGCUUUACAUUAAAGGAAUGAGUGUACUAAAACAUGUUGAUCAUGAGUUUUACGGGCAGGGUAGUGCCAAUCCUUUUCAAUUACUGGAGACUCUAAGCUUUAAGGAUAUGCCGAAAUGGAAGUAUUGGUAUACUUUUGAAGAUGAUAAGGAAGUUGAACCAUUUACUCAUGUUAGUGAGCUCUCUAUCGAAAAUUGUCCUAAACUUGUUGGAAUGUUGCCAAGUGAUCUUCCUUGUUUGAAUAAUCUAAAGAUUACAAAGUGCCCGCAAUUGCUAGUUGAAGUUUCUAGGGUUGUCUACCCGUUACUCACCUCUAUAGCUAUGAAUGACGUUCCUCUAACAAGCCUUCAAGCGGUCCUUGAGAUGAGGAGUAUGGUUGAUGAUGAAGGGAUAUCGGCAAAUGCAAAGUCUAAGCACCCAAUUUCAAUAACUUCCUUGAGCAUUGGGAUGAUUAAGAAACUCGAGCUCUUGCCGAAAUGGGUCACUCAUGGGCUGAUGGAACUCGAAGCAUUGGAGAUCACAAGCUGUGAAGAACUCAAGACACUAUGGAAGAAUGAGGAGAGAGUGCAACACAGUCUCCCUGCAUUCCGAUGUUUGAAAAUUGAAGGCUGCCCCCAGCUUGUUUCAUUGUUUGAAGAAGAUGAGGAUGAAGACAACAAAGGACAACAUGAGCAGCAGCAGCAGCAGCAGCAGCAACAAGAGGGACUCCCCUGCAUAGUGAGGAGGCUUGAGCAUCUAACAAUAGAUAAUUGUGAAAAGCUGGAGAAACUGCCACGGCUGCUACAUAACUUCACUUUUCUUGGAGAGUUGUUUGUCUAUAAGUGUCCGAGUCUCGGCUCUUUUCCAGAGACAGGUUUUCCGUGCACAUUGAAAAUACUCAGGAUAUAUGAUUGUGAGGCUCUGCAAUCCUUAUUCGGGUGUUUAACACAGAUUAAUGACAGUAAUCUUCAAGUGUUAGAUGUUCGUGAUUGUCCAUCCCUCACAAGCUUGAUAUCGUGUAGAGGUGGGGGGCUACCACCCACACUCAAAGAGCUUGGGAUUCGGAGGUGUAAAAAGUUGGAGGCACUGCUAGUAGUAGAGGAGGGGAUGGAAAUUACCUGUCCAUCUCUUGAGUCUGUUUGGAUCAUUAAUUGUGAUAGGCUCAAAUACUUGCCAGAUGCCCUUCCUAAUAAUAAUAAUAAUAAUCUCAGGAAUCUCAGUCAAUUGUACUUGUAUGGGUGUAAGAAUUUGGAGUACAUUCCGGAAGGAUGGUUCCACUCCGCAACAAAUCUGACAGAUUUGGAGAUCAGGGGAUACAAAAAACUCAAGGCCCUACCACACGGAUUGAAUCUCACUUCUCUUCAAACGCUGUAUAUGAAUAUUUCACAAUGGAACAACAACUUCAAGAAGAUUGGUUUGCGCAGUUUAUCCUCUCUUAGAAUACUGUCGAUUUCAGGCGCAAUUAGCGUGGCAGAGGAUGAAGAAGAAGAAGACGAAGAAGGUGUAGCGGGGUCCAGCUUUCCGAUAGAUGGGAAGUUGCUGCCCACCUCUCUGAUCGAUCUUCAGAUCGGGGGUUUCCGAAAUCUGGAGAAGCUAUCUUCUAAGUUGUUUCAAAACCUCGCCUCUCUUGAAUAUCUUCAAAUCUGGGGUUGCCCUAGGCUCAAAUCUUUACCAGUGCAAAGGCUGCCUCCCUCACUUAAGAGAUUGACGAUCCGGGGAAGUCGGAAACUAACAAGGAAGUGUGAAAAGGGGAAAGGCAAAUAUUGGCCCCACUUAGCUCACAUACCUGAAGUCGAUGUUCAUGAUUAAGCUCUGUUGUGGAGAUUCCCACCGCAGUUUUACAAGCACUCAAAUUGCCAGAAAUGUGCUUUCAAGGAUCUGAAUACAAAGAAAGGCUUCUUCCGAUAGAUUUCCUCGUCUGCUUUUAUUUCUGAGGCAACCACAACAAAUGGAAGAGUUCACAUUUCUUUCCAGCUUGGUGCAUUUGUCCCUGGAUAUCCUGUCCAUCCAAUGAUUGUUUGCUGUCCCCUUGUACACUUUGACCAAUCCUGGGGAAAUAUAGCUUUGGGAAAGCUCAUGUUUAGAAUCUUCAUAGUUUCACAAUGUCAUGGAGGACAACAUAUCUCUAGUCUGGUCUUGGAUUGUUGCUGAGUCUUGAUUGGUUACUAUAACUGUACAAACAUCUUAUUCCUAUGGGGACAUCAUGUUGCUUGCAAAAGCUUCCGAGUCCAAAUAGGUUGACAUGAUUGUCCUGACUGAUGGUAGUUGCAUUCUUGGUCUAGGUGAUCUUGGGGUCCAGGGAACUGGAAUACCCAUUGAAAAACUUGAUAUGUAUGUCGCUGCUGCUGGAAUCAAUCCACAGAGAAUUUGGGACUUCAGCACCCUCGGUUGGAAGGAGAGGAGUAUCUAUCAAUUGUUGAUGAAUUUAUGGAGGCAAUUCACGCCCGUCGGCCCAAGGCUAUUGUGUAGUUUGUGGAUUUUCAAAUGAAGUGGGCUUUUGAAAGACUGCAACGGUAUCAAAAAAGGUUCUGCAUGUUCAAUGAUGACAUGCAGGUGAAUACUUGGUGUUGUAUUCUGCUAUUCUCCAUGGAAAUAGUAAAGAAUAUAAUAAGACAAAGUACUUAAAGAUUGUUAAGGGUGACUCUAUUAUAAUGACAUUUUUGUCGCUUGCCAUCAUGUUGUAUAGGGAACUGCUGGUGUUGGACUGGCAGGACUGCUUGGAACCGUAAGGGCACAAGGUCGACCAUUGACUGACUUUGUGAACCAAAAGAUAGUUGUAGUUGGAGCUGGAAGGGCUUGGUGUUUUUAACAUGGCUGCACAGGCUAUUUCAAGAAUGGCAGGAGCUGAAGCAAGUCCUCAGUUUUUCCUACUUGAUGAAGAUGGUCUCAUUACAACAGAAAGGAAGGGUGCUGGUCCA